UUGUUUGUAAAGUGUUAAUAUUUCCUUGACUGCUAGUAUUGCUUCCCAUGGAUUAGGUGAAAGUCAUAUGAUGUCGUCUGCAAAUAAAUUGGUUGUAUGUCUUUUUUUUACCACUGAUUUGAAACCCCUGAAUUUUUGUGUCAUUUUUAAUUGUCAGCUAGUACAUCAACUGCAAUGGCAAAGAGCACUAGGGGAAGGGGACAGCCCUGCUUCGUACCCAGAAAUAGCUUGAUUGGGUUUGAAUCUAGCUAUUUUUCGGUUGGGCAUCAAACCUGUUUGGUCCUCAGAAAUGUACUCAGUGAUGAAAAGGGUGAUCCUAUUGGCCAAGAUAGCAGUUAAACAUUUCAAGCCCUGGUUCACUAAUGCUAUGGGGCGAUAUGAUCCCAGGGAGGAAUUGUCUUUGGCUUGCUGAGGUAGAACAACUAUUCUAGAUUGCUUCCAAGUCCCUGGGAUCACAGCCCCCUGCGUUAUGCUGUUGAAGGAGGGAUGCAAAUUCCAGCAAAAAUUAUGAAAAAGCCAUCAAGCCCAGGUGCUAUAUGUCAUCCCCCCCACCCACCCCAGCACCGUUAAAUGCAUUAAUACAAGAAUAAUGUGACGUCCUGACACUUGCUUCUGUCCAAACAAACUAGACAGAUUGUGUAAACCGCCUGGAGAUGUGAAUUGUGGUGGUAGAUAAAUGUGUAAAAUAAAGAGACAUGACAUUAAAACAAUUCUUCCUUUCCUUCUAGGGGCAGAGGAGGAAAAGCCUAGUGGGAGGAGGCCCAUCACCUCCAGCAGCCUCAUGGUGGCUCGGAAGCUGCUGCUGUCUCCCCUGCUGCGGGAGUGUGGGGCUGCUUCCGGGAAGGACACCCUUUUCUUUGAUGGGCCAGCCCCUGUGGCUGGCCCAUCAAAGAAAAGGGUGAAGCACCCCAAAACAUCAAAGAGGCAGCCCCCCGCAGAAAGCAGCAGCAAGGGGAAGCCACCACAGGAGGGCAGACCAUCAGCCCUCCUGGGCAAGGCCGGUCUGCGUCGGGCUAACAAGGCACCAGGUGGGGGUGUGCCUUCUGGGGAGAAACCCCUUCCCCACCUGGGGGAGGGGAGACUCCCCAGAAGGAGGCUGGAGGCUGCGGGGGAUACAGCCAGGAGAUUGCUGCACAUCCCCAGGAGCAACCUGAGUCUGCACCUUGGGGAGGCUGGGCAGGGCGUCUCCCCGCUGGGGGGGAACCGUUUCUCGGGCUUGUCCCGAGAGACGGUUCUUCCCCAGAUCCCUUCAGCUGGGAAGACGACCCUGACCCCAAUGGGGAGACCCCCGCCAAAGCCCUUGCCAUCAUGGCAACAUCCAUCUGCUUGGCAGGGGCCCGAACCAUUGCCAGCGCUGAUGAUCAAAGCGCUGGGGCCCCCCAAGGCAGACACAGAGCCUUGCUCCUGGGGACAUCCCCCCUCAGUCUCCAGCUCUGUGGCCAAACCACCGCCACCACACUUCCCACCGAAGCCACGCCCUUGGGAAGAACCACCAUCUCAUCUUUCCCAAGGGCCGUGGCUUCAGGUGCGAGCCCUACGCAGACCGGCUGAUGUGCCGGUGGCAACCCCUUGGCGGUGAGACAGCAGCAGUGGAAGGCCACCACCCAAAAUACCAUCGUCGGGGCUGCUGGAGGACCUCCGCUAGGUCUCGCCCAUUCUGCCUUGCCAUGAUGGGAGAACUGGUUCUUCGCUGCCCUUGGGAUGAAUCACCAUCUCAACUUUCCCAAGGGCCGUGGCUUCAGGUGCAAGCCUUACAGAGACCAGCUGAUGUUCCGGUGGCAACAUCUUGGCAGUGAGGCAGCAACAGUGGAAGGCCAUUACCCCAAAUACCAUCAUCUGGGCUGCUGAAGCACCUCCACUAGGUCUCAUCAAUUCUGCCUUGCCGUGAUGGGAGAACUGGUUCUUCACUACCAUGAACCAAAGUGAGGACCCUUGUCCACUCUGGAUGGGACCUCUUCUGAGGAGCAGGAUCGGGUACAGAACCUGGAUGUACUGAAGACCUCAGAGGAUCCAGUUGUAGAUAUUGGUGUCUAAGAAGCAGGAAUAACACCAUCACUGAAUGGAAUUGACAGGAAGGACUAAAGAAAUUAGGAAAUUAGGAAGCAGAUUGGCAGCCUUUCUUUCCCCUUCCAGAACAGAGAAGCUCUUGGACAGCCACAGGCUAGUCUUUCCUCUCUAGAUCUGCUCAGCAUCCUGAAUACUUCCCUAGGGAAGAGCAUGAAGAAUGAAGGACAGCUGGGUUGCCUGGAAAACUGAGAGUCAUCUUUGGAGCUUCGUUUCCAUAGCAGCUCUGAUUCAAGUGGGAAAGUCUUGAAACUGUCUCAUGGACUGUGACAGAGGAAAUACAACCUCCACUCUGUGUUGGGACAUUCCUGUGCAUAUGGGAAAGACUUCAGCACUUUUUGUGCAUCACAGAAGCUAGGCUUCAGGAUCCAGACUAGGAGCCAAGAUCAAAGGGUUCAUCUCUUGGGUUGGUUAUCUAAAAAAUGUUGAUCCAUUUAAUGUGGGAUGUAAACAGUGAAUUGGUUUCUAUACAUGUUUGUCUUUGGUUGUUGAAUGUGUACCAUUUACAUUUUUCUUGGUAACCUGUUUUGCAACAUUUAAGUAUGUUGUGUAUAUAUAUCCUUUGAAUGUUCUGAAGAGAAAAUAAGACAUUCAGCAGACUGAAAGGGUGGCAACUUGUGAAUAAACCAUCCUCUGGUUAAAUUCAUAAUCCCGUCUUAGUACAUUUUCUGUUUCUUAGAAACUGGACAUGAUGCAAGAGAUACAGGAUAAAAGCCUUGUUAGCCCAUCCAUAUGUCAUGUUCAACACUCAUACAACAAGUGUACAGUGUUGACUCCUGCUUACUGAGCAAAGAAGCAGCGUUUAAAAGUGUUGAUUUCCUUUAUUUUACAGGAGGAGAGCAACCUCCAGCACAGUAGCACUCCAGUGUUUCUUGAUAGUGUCUAAUGUUUCUUUUAAGAUUGUAAGCCCCUUUGGAGGCAUGGCUCCAUCUUAUUUAUUAUUUCUCUAUGUAAACCACUUUGGAAACUUUUGUUGAA